AUGGCAGAGACCUAUGGAAGCGUCAUUAAAAUCAAAGCGUUGUUCGGAGAAAAUCAACUUUAUGUUUUCGAUCCGAAGGCAAUGCAUCAAAUCGUUGUAAAGGAUCAAUACAUAUAUGAGGAAACCUCAUCGUUCAUCGAGGGCAACAAAAUUAUUUUCGGUCAUGGACUUCUUGGCACACUUGGCGAACAACAUCGCAAACAGCGUAAAAUGCUAAAUCCCGUUUUCUCCAUUGCGCACAUGCGUGAAAUGGUUCCCAUUUUCUAUCAAGUUGCUUACAGACUACGUGACGCAAUGCAGAAAAGGACUAAAGACGGUGCACGGGAGAUCGAUCUUCUAUUGUGGAUGAGUCGAACUGCGCUGGAACUCAUUGGUCAAAGUGGGAUCGGUUAUUCCUUCGAUUCUUUGGAGGAAGAUGUUGCCACCCAUCCGUACAGCAGAGUUGUGAAGAAAUUGGCGCCGGUUUCUUUUAAGCUCAUAUUCCCUCGCACAUAUUUGCUUGCGCCACUAGUCAAAAUUGGAACUCCCAAACUCCGUAGGGCAAUACUGAAUUGGCUACCUUUUAAAACUCUCCAUCAACUUCGAGACAUCGUGGACACCAUGCAUGAAACUUCGGUCAAAAUUUUAGACUCUAAAAAGAAGGCUCUGAUGGAGGGGGACGAAGCGGUCGAAAGGCAAGUUGGUCGGGGAAAAGAUAUCUUGAGCAUUCUUUUAAGGGCCAAUAUGAACGCUUCGGAUGACGAUAAAUUGAGUGAUGAAGAAGUCCUUGCACAAUUAUCGACUUUGAUAUUUGCCGCGAUGGACACGACUUCGGGAGCACUUUCACGGAUUCUUCACUUGUUGUCUAUUCAUCAGGACGUCCAAAGCAAACUCCGAGAAGAAAUCACUGAGGCAAGGAAGCAAAAGGGCGGAGAUCUCCCUUACGACGAAUUGGUUAGCCUGCCUUAUCUGGAUGCGAUAUGUCGUGAGACACUCAGAUUGUACCCCCCCGUUUCAGUGGUGCAGAGGACUACCCGUCAAGAUGUAGUUCUUCCGCUCUCAAAUCCCAUCAGAGGCGUGGACGGCAAGGAAAUUACUGAAAUACCCAUCCCUAAUAAUACCAAUGUCAUUGUUGGAAUUAUGGCUUCGAAUAGGAAUCCGGAAUUGUGGGGUCCUGAUUCUUAUGAGUGGAAGCCUGAGCGCUGGCUUAAACCCUUACCGGAAACUUUAAUAAGCGCACAUUUGCCUGGAAUUUAUUCCAACUUAAUGACUUUCCUUGGGGGUGGAAGAGCAUGCAUCGGCUUUAAGUUCUCACAACUUGAAAUGAAGGUUGUAUUGUCUGUUUUAAUCGAGUCUUUCCGGUUCUCGGCCCCCAGUGACAAGAACAUAAAUAAAGGAAAGGGUGGAAAAAACAGGAGACGUGGAAAGAACGAGAACGAUGAUGAUAAGCGUGAGCUUGUGUUCCGUGAAGACGGACAAGAAUACGCCCAGGUGAUAAAAAUGCUUGGAAAUGGACGACUGGAGGCCCAGUGUUUUGACGGCGAGAAGAGAUUAGCUCACAUUCGAGGAAAGAUGAGGAAAAAGGUUUGGAUUAACCAGGGCGAUAUCGUUCUCCUUUCUUUGCGAGACUUCCAGGACGACAAGGCCGAUGUUAUUGUGAAGUAUACAGCCGAUGAAGCCCGUAAUCUGAAAGCCUACGGAGAACUUCCAGAAAACGCCAAAAUCAAUGAAACGGAUACCUUCGGUGAAGAAGACGGAGAAUGCACAUUCGAGUUCGGUGAUGAGGGCGAGGUUGAUAUUGAUGAUAUCUAA